AUGGCGCGCCGGUGGAACAGCGGUAUCACGAGCCUGGAGUUUAACCAGGAUCAAGGCUGCUUCACUUGCUGCCUUAAAACCGGCUUGCGUGUCUACAAUGUGGAACCUCUGGUUGAAAAAGCACACUACAGCAAAGAAGAGCUGGGCGAGGUUUCGCUAUGCGAAAUGGUGUUCCGCACCAACUGGCUCCUGUUGGUGAGGGCGCGCCGCCCUUGUAGCCUCAUGCUGCUCGACGAUCAGAAGCGCGCCUUCCGUGCAGAAAUAAUGUUCAAGUCUCCCAUCAGAGCUCUCCGGGCCAGAAGGGACAAAGUGGCAGUGGCGCUGUCAUCUAGCAUCCAAGUGUUGACGCUCCCAUCGUUUACGCGAGUGGCGCUGGUGCGCACGCGGCCCGACGCCCGAGCCCUCGUGGCGCUGGCCAGCGAGCCCACCGCGCCACACCUGCUAGCUGCCCCGGCGCAUCGGAAAGGCUCCCUGCAACUACUCGACGUGACCCGUUCGCUGCGCGGCGCGCACUCGACGUCUCCCGUGGUGAUGGGGUGCCACCAGACGGAGCUGGUGUGCGUGAGCCUCUCGGCCAACGGAGCGCGCCUCGCCACCGCCUCCGAGCGCGGCACCCUCAUCCGCCUCUGGGACACCGCCACCAAGACCAUGCUGCAUGAACUACGCAGGGGUGCCGACUACGCCGACGUAUUUUGUGGUAACGGCGUAACAGUAAACGAUCUAUCGGUUCCGUACACGCAGCAUAGGUUCAACCGGUCGGGCUCGCUGCGCCCGCCGCGCCCCUGGCCGCGCGCCGCGGGGGGGCACCUGGCCGCCGCGCGCGCCGCGCCCGACCUCAUCAUGCACGCGCUCUGCGCCUUCAUCGACGACAACACCGCCAUCGUGAUAUGCAAGGACGGCACCUUCCACAAAUUUACAUUUGCACACGAAGGCAACUAUCAUCGCAGCGACUAUCAAUACUUCCUUCAGGUGGGCGAGGACGACGAAUUUUGGCAUUAG